GCCGUGAUUUCUAACCACGCACCCUCGCGAAAGUUAUGACAGUCACGAUUUCUAAAUCCGGUUCGGUGAUUUCGUGCGUUUAUACGUGCGCAAUUUUUGUGGUGGUGCCGUCGGUCGUUAUCUAAUUACGCGUAGUGCUAAUUGUGAGAGAUAGAUAAUUGCGCGAGACGAGACAUAGCAGCGGCAAUAUGAUGCAAUUUAUGUUACUGUUUAGCCGCCAAGGGAAGCUUCGCCUACAGAAGUGGUACGUCGCGCACCCGGAUAAGCUGAAAAAGAAAAUCACCCGCGAACUGAUCACCACGAUACUCGCACGAAAGCCGAAAAUGUCGAGUUUCCUAGAAUGGAAGGACGUUAAGGUUGUUUACAAAAGAUACGCAAGCUUAUACUUUUGCUGCGCAAUUGAACAGAACGACAAUGAAUUGCUGACAUUGGAGAUUAUACAUCGAUAUGUUGAAUUAUUGGAUAAGUAUUUUGGCAGU